GGAAUGUGGAGAUAAUAAUCAUAAUAAUAAAUAAUAAUUGUUAUUAUUAUGUCUAGUUUUUAUGGAGUAAUUUGAGAUUUAAUUUAAAUAAACCUAAUAAUUAAUAAAACAAUUAUUAAACUUGACAUCAUAUAACAUAUAGAGUUAUGUUUCAAUAAAUUAAUGAUUUAAAAAAUUUUUUUUUUUAAAUAAAUUGGUAAAAAACUAAUCAACAAAUUGAAUUUUAAUAUUUUAUCCAAGUAACCUCAGAAAUUGUUUAUUUUAAAUAUUGUAUUUUUUAAUUUUAAAAACUAAAAAAAUGUUAAACAUAUUGCAAAAAAAUAUAAUUAAAUCUAGAAAUGUCAAUACUUGGUCAUCACUUGCAAAAGCAUUUAAUGCAAAAACUAUUGAAAAAUUUGACAUAAAUUCAACUAAAAAAUAUAAUGGAUUAUUUGGUAUACCAGAAUUGAUAAGAGUUGAAGGUUUUGAUGAUUUAAAAAAUCAAGUAAUUGAUGAUACAAAUCGUUUGAUAAAUGAAGCAACUGGUAGCACAAGAAAUAGAAAAAUGGUACAAAUAUUUGAUGAUUUAUCAGAUUCAUUAUGUCGAGUUGCUGAUCUUUCUGAAUUUAUUAGAUCUGCACAUCCUGACAAAAGUUAUGCAGAUGCUGCAUUAGAUACUUGUUUAACUGUCAGUGGUACUGUUGAAAAAUUAAAUACCCAUAGAAAAUUAUAUGAAUCACUUGAUAGAGUUGUUAAACAUGGUGAUAUUGUUGAAACAACACAAGUUGAUGAUUAUGUUGCAAAAUUAUUUCUAUUUGAUUGUGAACAAUGUGGAAUACAUUUGCCUGAAAAUAUUAGACAAGAAAUUGUUUAUUUAAAUGAUUAUAUUUUACAAAUUGGACAACAAUUUAUGGCUGGAGCUGCUGCACCAAGACGUCCAAUUAAAACUCAAUUAUUACCUCAAUACAUAAGACAAUAUUUUUCCAAUGACGAAGGUGAAAUAGCAAUUAAUGGUUUAUAUACUGAUACACCAAAUGCUUUAGCUCGUGAAGCAGCAUAUAAAAUAUUUUUAUAUCCUGACGAAGAACAAGAAUAUUUAUUAAAAGAAUUAAUCAAUUCAAGAGAUCGUGUUGCUAAAAUUUGUGGUUUAAAUUUAUUAUGCAAGAAAGGCAAGAGUACAGUAGAAACACCAGAAGUAGUUAAUGAUUUUUUAAAUAUAUUAAAUAAUCAAUUGAAAGAUAAAACAUUAAAAGAUUUUGAUGAAAUGUAUAAAAUGAAAAAAAUGGAAUCAUCAUUGAAUCAAGGAUUAAUGAUUUGGGAUAUAAAUUAUUUAACUUCAAAAGCUAAAAAAUCAUGGUUAAAUACAACAAGUAGUGAAUUUACACCAUAUUUUUCACUUGGUUCAUGUAUGGAUGGUUUAAAUAUUUUAACACAAUCAUUAUAUGGUAUCACGUUAGAAUCAGUACCUGUUGAUAUUGAUUCUGGUGAAAUAUGGGCUGAUAAUGUACAAAAAUUAGCAGUUAUUUGUGAAAAAGAUGGUCUUCUUGGACAUAUAUAUUGUGAUUUUUAUGAUAGACCAGGUAAACCUGGUAAUGAUUGUCAUUUUACAAUAAGAGGAGGACGUUUGUUAGCUGAUGGAACUUAUCAGAAUCCAAUUGUUGUGAUGAUGUUGUCAUUACCAGUACCAAUGAAUAAAUCACAACCAUGUUUAUUAACUCCUUCAUCAGUUAAUACUUUAUUUCAUGAAAUGGGACAUGCAUUACAUUCAAUGCUUGCUAGAACACAAUAUCAACAUGUUACUGGUACUCGUUGUAGUACUGAUUUUGCUGAAGUACCAAGUAUACUCAUGGAAUACUUUGCAAGUGAUCCAAGAGUCAUUAAAUUAUUUGCAAAACAUUAUGAAACACAUGAAGUUAUACCAGAUAAAUUGCUUGAUAAAUUAUGUGCAUCAAAUAGUAUAUUUUCAGCAUCAGAAUUACAAAUGCAAGUUUUUCAAAGUAUGCUUGAUCAUGUUUAUUAUUUAAAUAGCCUAGAACAACCAAGUACAAAUAUUUUAAAAGACAUUCAACAAAAUUAUUAUGGUCUUCCUUAUGUUGAAAAUACGGCUUGGCAGCAUAGAUUUUCACAUUUAGUUAGUUAUGGAGCAAAAUAUUAUUCAUAUUUAAUAUCACGAUCAAUUGCUUCUUGGAUUUGGCAAAUUUAUUUUAAAAAUGAUCCAUUAAGUAGAUGUUCUGGUGAAAAAUAUAGACGUGAAUGUCUUGCUCAUGGUGGUGGUAAACAUCCAUCAAAAGUUGUAUCAGAUUUUCUCAAUGAAAAAACAAGUCCAGCUAAUUUUGCUAAACCACUUAUUAAUGAAGUCGAAGAAAAAAAUCAUUUUAUUGAAACAAUCAAAAAUACAAACAUAAAAUAAUUAAAUUGCUUUUUUUUUUUUAUUUUUUAUUUUAUACUUAAACUAUUUAUACAAUCCUUUGACAAAUAUGAUAAAUAUUAUGAAUAUUAAUCAUUGUGUAAAAUAACAAGAAAAAAAAAAACGUGGCCAAAUGUAAUUAUUAUCAAUUAAUUAAUAUCAAUUGGUUGGUUUUUUUUUUAAAUUAUAUUUUAAAAAACGACAAAUUUCGAUUUAUUAGAAAACAAUGUUUUUUUUUAUUUAUUCAAUUUUUUUUAGUGCAGUUAAUAAUUAUAUAAAAAUAAAAGCUGCAAUUUAAAUUUAAAAUUCCAAACUGUGGAUUUAUUCAUUUAUUUAUGUUAUUUAUUGACAAACUCGAUUUAUUAGUUAAACCAGUAACUUGAUUUUAAUUUUAUAAUUAUUAUUAUUUUAUACAAAAUAUUAUUAAUCAUAUUGUUUUUUAAAUUGGCAGAGUUUAAGCUUAUUAAUAAUUAUGCCCUUUUUUUUCUUCUUUUUAAAUUGGCAGUUUUGUGUGUAUGUGUGUGGGUGUGUUUGUGUGGUGUUACACAAAUCAAAGAAAUAAUAAUUAAUCAUAAUAAAUAAAACUGAUUUCUUUGAUUGUAUUUUUGCACAUUUAUUGUUUGUUUGUUUGUUUUCUUUUUUUUUUUU